AUGAUGACAGAUUCAAAAGAGAAUGAUAAGCAAAAGAAAACAUCAAACAGAGAUGAUGUUGUCAAAAUCCAAGUGCAAGAAUUCGGCUCGAAAUAUAGCGGAGGAAGUGCUGAUCAAGACAAAGAUAAGGAUAAAGAUCACAAUCGUGAUCGCGACAUUGUUGUUGCCGCUGAUUCAGAUGAUACACAUUCAUCACAGACACAUUCGUCACAGAUUCAUUCAACACUUACACUUACACCAUCAGUAAAUGGACCAUCUGUUGGUAAUCGAACUGGUUCUUUAAUUAUUGGAGCAGCCAAUCCAAUUCCACUUUCUUUUAUGGGACAAGUUUCAUCCGAUGAACCAUUCGAUGAAGAUGAAUAUAUUCGAAAAACACUUCGACAUUUUCCAUGGUAUUGGGGUUUGGUUUUGAGCGCCACUGUUAACAGUGUUUUGAAGGUUGGUAAACGCGAUUUUCGCAAAAAUAAAAAAUAUAUUUUUAUAAGAAAAAAUUUCGUUUUUCCAGUACCAUCGCGCAUUUGUUGUUCGUCGCUCAUUUGAUACAUCAAAUAACAAAGUAUUCCUUCUAACAUACCGCCAAAAAGAAACGAUUUAUCACCGUGAAAUAAUUCGAAAAUCGUCUGGCUGGACAUCUCCUCAAUUAUUUGCUACAAAUGAUAAACUACCAACUUCAAAUGUUGCUCCAACUCCAACAAUAUUUCCACACAUUCAUCUUUUAAUCGAUGCCUGGUCACUCAAAUUUCCAAAUGGAAUUGUACCUAUUUCUCGACCAACUUCAACUAUAUUCCAUGAUGAUUUAAAAAUGACAAAAGUAUUAGGAAAAGGUGCAUUUGGGGAUGUUCGGCAAGCAAAAUUGACAAUGUCAAAUGGAGAUGUGAAAGAAUGUGCUGUUAAAACAAUAAGAGGUGAUGCAACACGUGCACAAUUAGAUGAAUUCUAUCAAGAAGUUCGAAUUAUGGCAUUAUUUGAUAAUCCAUAUGUUAUUAAAUAUUUUGGAACUGCUUGUUUAUUGACACCGGUUAUGGUUGCAAUGGAAUUAUUAACUGGUGGAAGUAUGUGGAGUUUAUUGAGGUGAGAUUUAGAAUUGAAGAGAAUUUUGAAAAAAUUCGGGUUCCGGAAGUGUUUCGUGAUCUUUUUUGGUUCUAAGGAAAACAUGAAUUAUACAUUUUGUUUUUUUUUUGAAAGCUAAAAUAUUUCUGAACAAAAUUCAAGUUCGAUCCACAAGUACUGUAACCACAAGUACUGUAACUACAGUUCAUUUUUCCAGAAAUGAUUCAAGUUUGUCACAUCAAAAACUUUGUGAAAUGUCGGCGGAUAUUGCACGAGGAAUGAAACACUUGGCACAAUGUCAAAUAAUUCAUCGUGAUUUGGCAGCUCGAAAUUGUUUGUUAACCGGUGAUCACCGUGUAAAAAUAUCCGAUUUUGGUCUAUCACUUCAAGCAACUCAAGUCAUUGUCAAACAACUCAAACAUGCUCCAAUUAGAUGGUUCAGCCCAGAAACUCUUGCCAAAGGAAUUUUCAACGAAAAAACUGAUGUUUGGAGUUAUGGAGUUGUUAUUUGGGAGAUAUUUUCGAGAUGUGCACAUUCGCCAUUACAUCCAAAAACAAUGAAAGAAGCGGCUGUUAUUAUCAAAGAAGUUGAGAAUCCUCAUAAAUUACCUGAAGAAAAUAGUAUGAAUGCAACUAUUGCAAUGUGUUGUAAAAAGAAUCCAGCAGAUCGACCAACUUUCGAAAAUCUCGUUGUUUUUUGGGACGGAUUUUUUGCGCUUGGUAAUAAAAAUGCGGAUGAAAAUAAGAAGAAAGUUGUGGUGAAGAAAAAAGCGACACUUCGAAAUAAAAAACCUGGAGAACUUUCUUUGGUUUUGCCACCUGGAGAUUUAUCGCUUUGCGAGAAAGAAGACUGA